AUGUGCGAGCGGCGGGGCGCCCAUGGGCCAGUGGAGCUGCUCGCCCAGUUGUCGAAGACGUCCCCGAGCGCAGCAGCCCGUGCGGGGAGGCACAGCCCGAGGCUAGCGCUCGACGAAGAAGCGCCGGUGUCGGCAUUCAUGGCGUGUGCACCAACCGCCGAGGGUAGGUGCAUCCCCAGCCCGAAGCUUGCUGCACAAGCCCCAACGGCCACUGUCUCGUGCGCCGGAGUCGGUGAUGGAAGGCGCAACGAGUCCGGCUGGGCGGGCUCCGCGGGCAGCGCCGGUGGCGAGAGCUCGACCUCCUCCUGGACCUCCGUCACGCAUGGCCCCCAUCCGUGCACUGGGCAUGGAUGUGGUGGUGGAGGCGCCGCAAGUUCCGGCUCGACGGCAUCGACGUCCAUUGCUCCGUCCACAGGCUCCAUUACUUCGUCCGCGUACAAGUUCGGAGCAGCCGGUCCGACAAGAAUCCAGGCCGGGUGCGGCACCGCCGCCGGCAUGGCCGGUUCACGCAAAGCACCGGAAGGCCCAACACCGUGGUGACCACGGGUGCCAUGCCUAAGACGUAGUGCACGGCGGCGGAAACCAUUCCGGCGAGCACCGAACCGGCGAAGAUCGCGGGCGUGGCGGUUGUG